ACUGGAAUUAAAUAUGAUUUUCAUGUUACUCUCUCUCUUUGUUCACUCUCUUCUCUCUCAUCGCCCAUUGAUUCACGCGAGAAACGGGAGAUAGAGAGAGAAAGUGACGAUCUUAACCGCCGGCGCUGACCAAAGUCAUCGAUUCUCUUCCCGAGCUUGAUUCCUCAGGUUUCCAGAAUCCUACUAUAUUUAGUGCUUGGGGUGAGCAGGAAGGUGGACACUGUCAGCUUUUAAUGUACGCCAGAUGAAUAGAGUAACUAAUGUUACUGGCAGUAGAAGGAGGGGGUUUAUUCUCAGCAUCCGCGUCUGGGUAUAGUAAGGGAUUGACCCUUCUUUUCUCUGGUGAUAAGGACGGAGAUAGGCCCAUGAGAGUUGUGCCGUGGAAUCAGUACCGGGUGGUUGACCAAGAGCCUGAGGCUGACGACUCUAUUCUUCAGCUGGAUUCCAUUAAGAACCGAGUUUCCCGCGGUUGCGCUGCUUCCUUUAGUUGUUUUGGUGGCGCUUCCGCGGGACUUGAGACCCCAUCUCCUCUUAAAGUAGAACCUGUGCAGCAGCAGCAUCCUGAAAUAUCAACACCAGAGUCUGGCCUUGUUGUUUCUGAACAAGGCAAAGAUCACAUAAGUGAAGCUGAUAACAACAGCAGCAAAGAAGCUUUUAAACUGUCAUUGAGGAGCAGCUUGAAGAGGCCCUCUGUAGCGGAACCACGCUCUCUUGAGGAUAUAAAAGAAUAUGAGACGUUAAGCGUUGAUGGUAGCGAUCUCACUGGUGACAUGGCAAGGCGGAAAGUUCAGUGGCCAGAUGCUUGUGGUAGUGAACUCACUCAAGUUAGAGAAUUUGAGCCAAGUGAGAUGGGAUUAUCAGACGACGAAUGGGAGACGGGACAACAAAGGACAUGUUCGUGUGUGAUCAUGUAAAUUCAGAGAUCAUCGGUAUCACUCUUUUACUCACCUCUUGUGUGUGCAUCUCUCAUAGAUUUAAAGUGUAUCUGUUAUUACAAAGUUCUCUUCAAGGUUUUGGCUUGUACAUUUUUCCUGUGUUUUGAGUGGCAAUUUAUUCCUGAUUUCUAUC